UGAUUCUGCUCCAAUUUAAUUUAUUAGUACGAGCUUCACUUUUUUUUUAAUUAAUUUAAAUGAAAUUUAAUUUCCGCUAAAAAUGUUAGUGUUGUUGUAUUACAAAUGAUUUUAAAGAUUUAUGGGGUUUUCAGCUGCUGUUCGCUCCUAUCUUCCUCCCAAGUUGUGUUCGCCAAAGUUCAACUUGAGGCAAAAAAGAGUGGGUUGUAUAACACUUUCAAAAUCAAGAAUAUCUUCACUUAAAUCAGUCUUAAAGAAUUCGAGUAUCGAUGACAAUGGGGCAGCUGAACCUGCAAGAAUUCUUCUUGAAAGAUUAUUUUCACAGACACAGAAACUUGAAGAACAAAUGGGAACAUCAGGUUCACAUUCACACCUUACCGCUGACGCUCAUCCCGGCUUUAAUCUCGAAAUCUUGGAAUCUGAUCUUCUUGCUGUUUUGAAUGCGUUGAGAAAGAAGGAAGAAGAUCUUCAAGAUGCAGAAAAACAAGUUUUAUCGGAGCAUACUGAUUUAAAUCGUGCCAAGGAGAAGUUGGAGCUACGAGAGAAAGAAAUUGCUGAUGCUUAUUCCAAGCAUGAAAAUCUAGAAGGCGAGAUUAAACUCGCGAAUCAUAAGUUAGCUUCUCAAGCUAGACAAAUAGAAGAUUUGAGGCUUCAACUUAAAGAGCGAGAGACGGCUAUUUUUGCUGCGAAUUCAGCAUUAUCCUUGAAGGAAUAUGAGUUGAACAGAAUGAAAACCGAGUUGAUCAGUAAGAGCGAGGGAGCUGAGAAAAUUGAUGCUGAACUGAAAUGCAAAUCUCAACUCUUGGAGGAAGCUAACCAAGUUGUGAAGAAACAAGAAACUGAACUUCGAGAACUUGAAAAUGUUGUCCGUGAGAAAGAAGAAGAGCUGAAAGUUCUUAUGAAUCUGAGGAAACUCGAUGAAGAGAAGUUGAAAGUUGCAGAUGCUAAAUUGGAGAAGCAGACAAUGGAAUGGUUAAUAGCACAGAAAGCACUGAAGAAGUUGGCAGAUGAAACAGUUAAUCAAAUAGCAGAAACUAAUGAAACUACGGAGGAUUUCAGAAGAGUUAAAAAGCUAUUAGUUGAUGUGAGGUCCGAGUUGAUUUCUUCACAGAAAGUUCUGGCAUCUUCUAGAAAGCGAAUGCAAGAACAGGACCAAUUACUGAAAACACAAUUGGCGGAACUCGAAGAAGAGAGGAAUAGUGUAAUUUCUUACAUGACCAGUUUGCAAGAUGCCCAAAUAGAAGUUGAGAGUGAGAGGGUAAAACUUAGGGUUGCAGAGGCUCGAAACAAGGAGCUUGAACGAGACUUAUCUACGGAAAAGGAGUUUACAGAAGAUUUACACGUGGAGUUGAAAAAGGAAAAAUCUAUUUUAAAGGAAGCAAUGGAAGAGAUUUCUUCUCUACAUCAGGACAUGGAGAGGAAAAAUACAGAAUUUGAGCAAAUUCGUAGUCUUAUUCAGGAUAAAGAGUCGGAGUUAGUGGAGGCUAGAUUCGAACUUCGGGAUUUGAAAUCUGCUCAAGUUUCGCUUCGUCUUCUGUUAGAUGAGAAAGAUAUGCAACUGAUUAGCGCAAAGAAAAAGUUGGAAGAAGUAAACGAGGAAGUUGCAGAGCUAAAAAUGCUUUUGAGCAGUAAGGAAGACCAGCUAAUUCAAGCAACAAACAUGCUAAAGGAAAAAGAGGAGCAUGUUCAGAUAAUGCAAGAUGAAUUGAAUGAAACGAAGUCGAAAAUAUCCGAAGCUGAAACUGUAGUUCAACGGAUAGUAGAGCUUACUGACAAACUCGUCGUCUCAAUUAAGGAUGAAGAUUAUACUGCACUUACGCCAUUAAACAGGGCAACAGAUGAUUUUAGGCUGCAGAAGGAACAGCUUGAAACUGAGCUCAAGCUCACUCGAGAAGAGUUAAGAAUGAAAGAGACGGAAGUUUCAGCUUUUCAGAAAGCUCUUACGACAAAAGACGAGGAGCUCAAAGCAAUUCUUGGGAAAUUAGAUAUGAGAGAAACAGAGCUUAAAAAUCUUAAGGAUGAAAGAGAUGAAGAUGCUAAUAACGAUCUGAAGAAGCUUUAUGCUUUGUCUCAAGAAAGUAUCGGUCAGAAAAGCGUCGGUGAUCUGAUUACUGAAAAGCUUCAGCUCGAGGCAGCUCGACUUGAAGUUGAAGCAGCAACCACUGCUUUACAUAAACUUGUAGAGAUGAGCCAACAAUUUGUAAAUAAAGCUAGCAUGAGCAUUGAAGCUGAUGCUGAUAUGGUUAUGCUCUUGCAAAAUGAGUUAGAUCAUGGGAAAAACAUGUUUGAGAACAAGUGUCUGAAUGAGGUUAAGACCGAAGUGGCUCGAUUGUCCGCUUUGACAGAGCAGCUAGUGGAAGAAGCCGGAGUUUCUGUUGGCUCAAAUCGUUCGGAUUCUUAAGCUGAGUUGCCGAUACUGUAUAUAACUUGUCUUCAAUGAAAUCAGUUGCAGCAGCACUGAUUCUUGUAAAAUUGAUGAGUGUAAAAUGAUAGUGUAUGUACUCUUCACGGGCUUCAUGAUCAAACUGAUAUAUAAUACAAUUAUAGAUGUUCCUUUGUCA